UCCUGCAGGUGUUGAUUCUUACUCCUUACCUGAUGGUCCUUGCUUACCUUAUCAUCGUCCCUCUGGGCCUGUACUCCCCCUGCAUCCGGGAGAAGGGAACACUGGGUCCCAAGCCAGCCCUGAUUGGCCACCGAGGCGCACCCAUGCUGGCUCCCGAGAAUACCAAGAUGUCGUUUGCUAAAACCAUCGAUCACGGGGCGGUCGGUUUGGAGACCGAUGUGACUAUUAGCUACGAUGGGGUGCCUUUCCUUAUGCACGACCACUCCUUAAAAAGGACCACCAACGUCCACCACCUCUUUCCUCAUUUGAGGAACGAAGACCCGGCUUACUUAACCUGGAAUAUCUUGGAGAAGCUGAAUGCGGGGAAGUGGUUUUUUGAGAACAAACCCUUCUAUCAUAUGCCUCCCGUCUCGGCUGAAGAAGAAGAACUGGCAAAGAAUCAGACGAUUUUCAAACUGAGUGAAUUUUUGACCCUCGCGGACAAAGCCAACAAAUUGGUCAUCUUUGAUCUGUAUCGCCCUCCGAGGUUUCAUCCUUACAGGAACAGCUGGAUCUCCAGAACUUUAGAAGUGCUCCAGAAAGAAUCUAAGAUUAAACCCCAUUUGGUCCUCUGGUUGGACAGUCGAAGCCGGGGUUACGUUCAGUUCUUGCGCACUGGAUUCCAACAUAUAUCGUCCUCCGCCCAGACCAUUGAACAUCUCCAAAAGUCGAAUAUCGGAAAACUCAAUCUGGACUACCGACGGUUGGCUACAGUCGAUAUUCGGAAAUAUGCAAAAGCCAACAUCACCACCAACCUCUGGGUGGUGAGCGAGCCGUGGCUUUACUCCUUGGCCUGGUGUUACGGAGCUGAAUCAGUCACCACCGACGCCGUGCACGUUCUGGGCAACGUUAGCCAACCGUUCUUCUUCUUGACGCCGCAGAAAUACAAAACCAUCUGGGUCACCACAGACCUGCUGGCCCUCUUCUUCAUCCCCCUCGUCUUUCUGGCCCACUGGUGGAAAAGGAAAAAGAAGUUGCAACGGGCAGGUCGGAAAAACGCUGUGGAUGGGGUGCAAAGCGGCCCCGGCCACAGAAACAGAAUCGCACCUGAAAAUGUUGGAACUCACAUCCAAUGAGUUGCCGAAGAUGCUGGUUGGGAAUACCUGAUGUCCGAGAGAAUCACCACGCCAUUAAAAUGGGAGAAUCCGUCGCAGGACAAUUAUUCUGCUUUGUCCUUCCAGAGAAAUUAAGGUGAAACGAACACGCUGCAUAAUGAAACCGGACCCUCUAUUUUUAUUUUUAUUUUUUCUAAUAAAGAAGGAAACUUCAUGGAUCGUUUUUUUUUUUAAACAACACAAAUACUUUCCUCUGGAUGUAUUUUGUCUUCGUUGCACCGGGAAGGUGGUGGAAAUACAGGCAGUCCUCGAUUUACAGCCGCUCGUUUAGUGACGGUUCGAAGAUACGACGGCACUGAAA